AUGUCUUUUUCUUUCCCUGUUGAAGGCUUACAACCCAAAGAUGAAAUUCAAGCCAAUGCAUUUCUUCAGAGAUUUCCGAAUUAUGAUGGACGUGGAGUGAUCAUCGCAAUAUUUGAUACUGGUGUGGAUGUUGGUGCUCCUGGAUUGAACGGAAAAACAACUGAUGGAUCCUACAAAAUUGUGGAUGCUGUGGAUUGUACGGGUAGUGGAGAUGUUGAUUGUAAAACUAUUGUGAAAGUAGAUGAGAGUGGAAUCAUUACUGGAAAAUCUGGAAGAAAAUUAAAAAUUGAUCAUGCAUGGAAAGAGAUGAAUCCUUCAAAUCAAUAUCGUAUUGGUAUCAAGAAUGUUUUUGAUAUUUAUCCUCAACCAUUGGUUGACAGAGUUAAGGAAGAACGAAAGAAACAAUUUCAAAAGAAACAAACUGAGAAAAUUGUAGAAUUGAAAGAAAAAACAAAUUCUUUAAGAAAUUCAUCAAAUGAAGAAUCAGUUAAAAAACAAGCUUCUGAAAUUGACAAACAAAUUACUGCUCUAGAGGAACUCUUUUCCAAGAUGUACGACGAUACUGGUCCUGUUUUGGACUGUGUGGUGUUUUUGGAUGAAAAGACUUCUGUUUGGAGAGCAGUUGUUGUUUCAGAGUCGUAUGAUCCUAAUGUUAACAUCUUUGAACCUCUCAACGAGGAUCUGGUUAUUGAUUUAAGCAAGGAAAAACUUCUUUGUGAUUUUAAAUUGGAACACCAAUAUGGAACAUUUACAGAACUGGAUCUUUUAAAUUAUUCUGUUAAUAUUUAUGAUAAUGGUAAUAUUUUAUCCAUUGUUGCUCCUUCUGGCUCUCAUGGAACUCAUGUCGCAGGAAUUGUUGCAGCUUACUUUCCAGAUCAACAAGAACUUAAUGGUGUUGCUCCUGGAGCUCAAAUUAUUUCAUGCAAAAUAGGUGAUACUAGACUUGGCACCAUGGAGACAACUCUUGCACUUAACAGGGCUUUAAUAUCCUGUUAUUUGAACAAGUGCUCCAUCAUUAACAUGAGCUACGGAGAACCUACUUCACUUGCAAAUUCUGGAUUCUUCAAAGAAAAGGUAAAUGAGUUGGUCUAUGAACAUAAUGUCACAUUUGUGACCAGUGCGGGCAACAGCGGCCCUAAUUUCACAACAUCCGGUGCUCCUGCAUCACUACAGGACGCAUGUAUUGGAGUUGGCGCAUAUGUGACAAGUUCCAUGAUGAAAUCUCAAUAUGGCUUGUCAGAGUUGGUGCCAGAUUCACAAUUUACAUGGUCGUCAAGAGGACCAACCGAAGAUGGUGCCUUUUGUCCUUGGAUUUCUGCUCUUGGCGCUGCUAUUACUUCUGUACCUAAUUAUACUCUUCUUAAAAAUCAAAGAAUGAACGGAACGUCCAUGGCUAGUCCCAACGCUGCUGCUCUUAAAGCAGAGAACAAGGAAUGGAAUCCAUACUACAUCAAACGUGUGAUUGCUAACACUGCAAAAAUUAACAUUGAAAACAAAGGUGAGAAUGAACAUUCACAACAUCCAUGCUCCAUUGGUUAUGGCUUGAUACAAAUUCUUAACUCGUAUGAAUUGAUAGACAAACAUCCUUACAAUCCAGAGACAGACAAUUAUCGAUAUGAAAUUACAAUUCCUCAAAGAAACAAUGCAAGAGGCAUUUACCUUCGAGAGCAAUAUGAAACACACUCCACACAAAGCUACACAGUCAACAUUGAUUUGAAAUAUUCCAAAAAGACAAAAAAUUCUCACAAGUUGAAUUUUGAAAAACGUUUGAAAUUAGUGCCAGUGAUUUAUCAAAGAACAGGAAAUACCGUUUUUACAGAUCAGCCAAUUUCUCAAAAAGUUCCAAACUUCAUUCGUGCUCCUGAAUUUUUACAUUUACCUGGAAGUUUUACAUUCAAUGUUCAACUAGAUACUGAAGUACUUGACUCUGGAGAAAUAUAUUCUGCAAGAUUGGAUGCCUACGACUGUGAUCGGUUGUCGUUUGGUCCUGUUUUUUCUGUACCAAUUACUGUGAUCAAACCUGCUAAGCUUUCACAUGAAACAGAUCGCACAACUUUUUCAGAUAUUAGAAUGAAACCCGGAGAAUUGUACAGAAAUUAUAUCACCACACCAUCAAGUACUGUUCAAUAUUGUAAAAUUACACUUAGAGCCGUAGAGAUGGAUAUUCAAAAGAUGUUUGUGCUGCAUACGACUCAACUUCUUGAAAAAGAGGCCUAUUCUUUACAUGACACAAGAAAAUUUAUCAACCUUUCAAAAUCGGAUGUGAGUUCACACUUUAUCAAAACACUCCCCAACAGAACCUUGGAAUUGACAGUGGGUCAAUUUUGGAGCUCUCCAGGAGAAUCAAUAUUGACAGUCGAAGUUGAAUUUUUCGGUUUUGAUUCUAUCAGUGCCUCAAACGAUGAAGUGUUUUUCGAUGGAGCUGAAUUUACAAAAAAGAUUCAAAUUAACCCUUCAUUACGUAAUAUGGAAAUGCAACUGAGUGCCAAGCUUGAUAAUUGGAAAGAAGUUUUGACUCCUGUGAAUAGUGAAGACGAAAAGUUGAUUCAGAUCCAAAAUGAUCAAAGAAACACCUAUUUCGACAGUGGAAAAUGCAGCUACAACAUGAUACUCGAAUAUCAUCUGAAAAUGUCAUCUGAACAUGAAAUCACUCCAAGCUUACCCCAAAUUUCAAACUGUCUCUAUGAAUCAGAAUUAGAAGCAAGAAUGAUCAUGGUCUUUAACAAGAGUAAGCGAUUGCUCAAAGUUGUGGAUUAUCAUCCGAAAAAGUUCAAACUAAAGAAAGGAGACUAUGUGAUUAGAGUUUUGCUUCGCCAUGACUCGUUACCCUUGUUACAAAAAUUUAAAAAUCAUCCCAUUGUCAUUUCACAUGCACUAGCUAAACCUCUCUCAUUGAAAUUUUACAAGAAUGCGAAUGGACCUCUCUCAGAUACCAACAAACAAGAUGAAAAAUUCAAAAUGAUCCAUGGAAGAAGCAAUACUUUUGUGUUGGGAUACACUGGUGUGGAUACCAAAGAUCUUCCGAAAGAGGUGAAAGCUGGCGAUCGUCUCACUGGUAAAUUACAGUAUCAAAGUGCUGAGACGGCAUAUUUGUCGCUCACCUUUGUCGUGCCACCAUCAUUUGUAAGCUCUGAAAAAUCUUCAACAACUUCUGAAAAGGAGAAUAAGGCCGACAAGAGAACUCCCGAAGACAAGUACAAUGAUUAUGUGAUGGAACAAAAAUUGUCGUAUUUGAAAAAGCUGAAAGCGGAGGCAUUACCUUUUGUGGACAAAAUUCUUUCGGAAAAUCCAAAACAUUUGAAUGCACUGCUAUUGAAACUUGAUAUAUUGAAAGAUCAGUACAAAUCUCAGAAAGAUAACAAAAGCAUUCAUUACCAGAAUAUUUGUGAACUUGUGGACUCUAUCUUCCAAGCUAUUGAUAUGACAACACUCGCUCUCCAUUAUGGUACUCUUCCUAAAAACAAAACAAAGAAUGAAAAUGAGGAAUCUGAAUUAGAAGCUCAGGAAUAUCAACUUAAAUCGAAAGAAAUGGACAAACAGAAAGAUGCUUUGGUAUCUUGUUUGCAACUCAAAUUAGAAAUUUUACUGGACCAAAAUAAUGGACUGGAGAUUACAGAGCGGGAUAAGCAAAUCAAAGAUACCAUGAAAUCACUCAGGCAAUGGAUUGACCCCACGGAAAAAUGCUUGCUCUUGGAUGUUCAGUAUGAUUUCUAUUUUAAACAGUACUCUGUGGUAUUACAAAAAGUGAUUAAGUCGUUGACAGGAGAUGCAACUUCUGAGAAUGAAGUCAAAUUAUUUGACAUCCUUAUAUCAGUCACUAAGGAGCUUGGCUUCUCUCAUUGGCAUACUUUGCUAUCAAGUAUGAAAAAAUCCAAAUAUCCUGAUGAAUAUCCUCUAUUUUAA